CAACGGCAGCGGCAGUCAAGAUGCGGCUCCUCGUGUGCUCUCUGCUGGUGUGCAGUGUUCUGUGCGCAGACGGCACCGGAGCCCACGACAUCCCGUUGAAGAGCAGCAUCGGUACAGAGCCGGAGGGCGGCUAUGGCACGCCCAGCAUCCUGCAGAGGAUGGAGGAGCGUCUGAUCCAGAUGGCGGCGAGGCUGGAGACGCUCACACACACGGUGGACACGCAGCUGGCGCAGCUGGACAACAGCGUACUGCAGCUGUACAGGGAGGUGGGCAGCAGUCGGCUGACAGAGACCCUAGCCGAGCUCAGGCAAGCCGCGCUUGCAGCGAAGGCGCCCGCCGCUACCGCCGCCGCCAGCCCGCCCGACCUCGCGGACACCAUCAGCCAGGAGAUCCGCCAGUCGGAGCAGCAGCUGCAGGCGCAGCUCAACGACACGCAGCAGCGGCUGGUCACCCUGCUGGAGGAGGCGCGUCCCGUCGCCGUAGCGACCGGCAGCGGCGCCACCACUGUCAUCGUGGAGCGGUGCAGCUUCCGGGACCAGUUCCAGACCGUUGACGAGUGGCGUCCGGCCGACUGUGCCGCCGUCCAGCAGCGACACCAGCACAGCGGCGUCUACACCAUCUUCCCACCCGUAUGCGGCAACGGCGGCGGCAUCCGCGUCUUCUGCGACAUGGAGACGGACGGCGGCGGCUGGACGGUGCUCAUGAGGCGCGCGGACGUUGCCGACCACCAGGACUUCAACAUGGGCUGGCAGAGCUACAAGUGGGGCUUCGGCAACCUCAGCAGCGAGUUCUGGCUGGGCAACGAGUACAUGAGCCUGCUGACCAGCAUGGAUCAGAUGCAGUUACGUGUGGAUCUGAAGGCUUGGGACAACGCCUCCACCUUCUCCACUUAUACUCCCUUCUCCAUCGGCACUGAACAGCAGAAGUACGCAAUCAAAAUUGGUAAGUAUGAAGGAAACACUGGGGAUUCCCUGACAUAUUGUAACAACUGCAAGUUCUCAACGAAGGAUCAGGACAACGAUAGCUGGAGUAAGCAUUGUGCAGUGGUGUACAAGAGUGCGUGGUGGCACAAGUCAUGCAUGUAUGUAACUCUGACAGGGCAGUACGCCAAAGGUGCCAUCAAAACGGCUUGGCACGGAGUUACCUGGAAACACUGGAAGGGAGAAAGGUACUCGUUGAAGCAUGUUGAGCUGAAAAUGCGUCCCGUUAAUUACAUGACUUGGUGUCACAAACUGGCGCAAGAAGGUGCAAGGGAAUGAUGAUGAUUGAUGUCAUGAUGAAUGAUUUAAUGAUGAUUGAUUUGAAUGAAUGCUGAGCUGAAUUGAAUUGAAGUGGAUGAAUAAAUGAUUUAAGCCAUGCUAUCAUGCGUUUAUCGCUAUCAUGUCAUUGGCAUUACCAUGAUUCCCUUUUGCUUGGUUGUUUGUUGUCUCACAUCUUGUAACAAUACAGGGCGAAGUGUGGACAUGAUGUCUGUACAAAUGACUAGGUGCCGGUGUAAAUAACGACUUGGUAUGCCCAUUUUGCAGAACAAUAUGUAUCACGCCUUAGUGAGUUAAGAGUCACAGUGCAUCAACUGUGAGAUGCCAAUUGCUUUCAAGUCUCUGUGUGCGAGGUUAAGUCCAUGGCUCUGUUU